UGCUGCCUCUUCCUGACACAAGAAGAAGAUGCAGGAUGAUGGCUCCCGGCACCAGUGACGACGUGCCUUCAUGCGCUUGUAAAGGUGUCCGCCGGUGUCUCGUUUGCGAAGGGUUGAAAGAGAAAGUACAACCGGAGGCGAGUGAAUCAAAGAUUGUCCAUCAUUUCCUCUACGAUCCUCAGUCGAGGCUCGCUGUUGGAAAAGAUGCCCAGGCUGCAUCCUUCCCCUUUUCUGGGGUCUUUCUGUGGGAGAACUUCAUAUCAGAAGAGGAAGAGAAGGAGCUCAUAUGUGCGAUGGACCAGGAUGUGUGGAAGGAGUCGCAGUCCGGUCGAAGAAAACAGGACUUUGGCCCGAAGGUGAACUUCAAGAAAAAGAAAGUGCGUGUGGGUGGCUUCAGUGGACUCCCUGCUUUGAGCCAUAAACUUGUGCUUCGGAUGUGUCAGGAAUCAACUCUAGCUGGCUUCCAGCCAGUGGAGCAGUGCAACUUGGAUUAUCAUCCUGAGCGAGGUGCAGCCAUUGAUCCACACUUAGACGAUUCUUGGCUAUGGGGGGAGCGUUUAGUCACCAUUAACAUGUUGUCAGACACUACACUCACCAUGUCUCUGGAGCUGGGCCUACCAGAGCUGGGACUAACAGGGGAGGUCCAUGUAGCUGUGCACCUUCCUCGCAGAUGUUUAGUAGUUUUAUACGGCGAGGCACGGCAUAUAUGGAAACACGCCAUUCACAGGAAGGACCUUCAUAUACGUAGAGUCUGCAGCACCUACAGAGAGCUAUCUGCAGAGUUCCUGCCUGGAGGGCAGCAGGCAGACCUCGGAGCCCAGCUGUUGAAUAUCGCCUUGAACUUCCAAGGCUCUCCGGUUUAAUCUAAUUUGAUGGAUCCAGAGGGAGCUGCAAUCUAAAUCACUUGGACUUGUCUUAAACUGUGAAGAUGUGUCCUUUAGGCACCCUAGGGCUUGUUUGCUGGAUCUGUGCCAGCUCCCCAAACAGUGAGCAGUGCUCACGAGGCUUGUGUGCAUUAAUUAGUUGAACAUCUGCUGUGCUGCGAAGCCAAGCUGAAGUCAAAUUGCUUUGGAAAAAAUGUUGGGGAGAAAUUGUUUUAAAAUAGCUGCAAUGUCAUUAUUUUAUUCCACCACAAACUUC